AUGGUCAUCUCGAAACAGUUCAAUAUCUUGUUUCAUGUGGAGUCAAUCCACAUAAAAAAUGUUGAUGGAUAUUCUCCCAUAAUAAAUGCAUCACAAGAAGGCCAUCUUGAAGUCAUCAAAUAUCUUCAAAGCAUCGGAUGUGAUAUAAAAUGUAAAACAAACAACAAUAGAAACUGUGUUUGCUUUGCAUCAUUUAAUGGUCAUCUUGAAGUCAUCAAAUAUCUUGUUUCAUGCGGAGUCAAUCCAAAUGAAAAAGAUAUUAAUGGAUUUUCUUCAAUAAUAGUUGCAUCAUUUAGAGGUCAUCUUGAAGUCAUCAAAUAUCUUCAAAGCAUCGGAUGUGAUAUAAAUUCUAAAAGUUUAUCUGGUGAUUCUUUACUUCAUUUUGCUGCAAAAAAUGGUCAUUAUGAUGUUGUUGAAUUUUUAAUUUCAUUACAUGUCAAUCUCAAUGAAAAAAACAGAUACGGAAGAUCACCACUUGAUUUAGCAAACGAAAAACAAAACGAAAACGAAAAUUACGAGGAGAUAAUAAAUCUUCUUAUUAAAUCUGGUGCAAAAUAA